GGAUUAUUUGGAAUAAUGAUCCCCCCGAGGCCUGCCUGCCUAUGUCUCCCCACCCGCCUCCCGCCCCUAGGUAAAAGCGGGGUAAAAGCAAGAAGCCGCGGAGUCUCGCUUCUGGGCUUUCGAGGCGGGCGGGCGCUUGUGUGGUUGAGGCUCCUCGCACCCCGCACAGCCUCGCCUGAGCUCCUCUCUCCUAUUGGCGAGGAGGCAGAGCACCGGGCCGCCUCGCUCCCCCGCUCCCUUGUGCGCAGGCUCGGCUCUCGGCGCAAGAUGGCGGCGGCGGAUAAACAGAAACAUGAGCACGGGCGGGUGAAGAUAGGGCACUACAUCUUGGGGGACACGCUGGGCGUGGGCACCUUCGGCAAAGUCAAGGUUGGCAAACACGAGCUGACUGGGCACAAAGUGGCCGUGAAGAUCUUGAACAGGCAGAAGAUUCGCAGCCUUGAUGUGGUGGGGAAAAUCCGCAGAGAGAUCCAGAACCUGAAGCUUUUCCGGCAUCCGCACAUAAUCAAGCUGUACCAAGUUAUCAGCACCCCAUCCGAUAUAUUCAUGGUGAUGGAAUAUGUUUCAGGAGGUGAACUGUUUGAUUACAUCUGUAAAAAUGGAAGGCUUGAUGAAAAGGAGAGUAGACGUCUGUUCCAGCAAAUCCUUUCUGGUGUGGAUUAUUGCCAUAGGCAUAUGGUAGUGCAUAGAGACUUGAAACCUGAAAAUGUACUGCUUGAUGCACACAUGAAUGCCAAGAUUGCCGAUUUUGGCCUCUCAAAUAUGAUGUCAGAUGGAGAAUUUUUAAGAACAAGCUGUGGUUCUCCUAACUAUGCUGCUCCAGAAGUAAUUUCAGGAAGGUUAUACGCUGGUCCUGAAGUGGAUAUAUGGAGCAGUGGCGUUAUUCUCUAUGCUUUGUUAUGUGGAACACUUCCGUUCGAUGAUGAUCAUGUGCCAACUCUUUUUAAGAAGAUAUGUGAUGGUAUCUUUUAUACGCCUCAGUACCUGAAUCCAGCAGUAAUUAGCCUUUUGAAACACAUGCUGCAGGUGGAUCCCAUGAAAAGAGCUACAGUCAGAGACAUAAGGGAACACGAAUGGUUCAAGCAAGACCUCCCCAAGUACCUCUUUCCCGAGGACCCGUCUUACAGUUCAACGAUGAUUGACGACGAAGCCUUAAAAGAGGUCUGCGAUAAAUUCGAAUGCACAGAGGAGGAGGUGCUGGGCUGCCUGUAUAACCGGAACCACCAGGAUCCUUUAGCGGUCGCCUACCACCUGAUUAUAGAUAACAGGAGAAUAAUGAAUGAAGCGAAAGACUUCUAUUUGGCUACGAGCCCACCAGAUUCCUUUCUCGACGAUCACUUCUCCCGCCCCCACCCCGAAAGAGUGCCAUUUUUAGUGGCUGAAACGCCAAGGCAACGCCAUACGCUCGACGAGCUAAACCCACAGAAGUCCAAACAUCAAGGGGUCAGGAGAGCUAAGUGGCAUUUGGGGAUCCGGAGCCAGAGUCGACCCAACGACAUCAUGGCAGAAGUCUGUCGAGCAAUCAAACAGCUGGAUUACGAGUGGAAGGUGGUGAAUCCAUACUACUUGCGUGUUCGAAGGAAGAAUCCAGUGACCGGCACGUAUUCCAAAAUGAGCCUCCAGUUAUACCAGGUCGACAGUAGGACUUACCUAUUGGAUUUUCGUAGCAUUGAUGAUGAAAUUACCGAAGGAAAAUCGGGGACUACCACUCCCCAGAGGUCAGGCUCUGUGACGAACUACAGAUCUUGUCAGAAGGAUUUGGACACUGAAGCUCAAGGAAAAUCCUCUGAUAUGUCUCUUACCUCAUCGGUGACCUCUUCCCUUGAUUCCUCUGCAACCGAGUUAACCCCAAGAUCAGGGAGCCACACGAUAGAAUUUUUUGAGAUGUGUGCAAAUCUUAUUAAAAUACUUGCACAAUGAUUUGUAAGAUUGGCUUUUUUUUUUUACAGCAAUAAGCAUGCCUAAAAAAAGAGAGAGAAAAUCAUAGUCUGAUGCUUCCAGUUAUAAUCAAGUUGUAGUUAACUUCGGCGCUGAGAAGACUAGCCACAUUGCAAUUUGCACAGGAAUUGAACAUACAUUUAAAAGCAGUCUAGACCUCUUAACGUAAUGAAGCAAAUUAUGAUUAGACAGUCACUGUUGUGAUAACAGGUACAAAAAAAAAUAUAUGACAGCCUUUUCCAGCAAGAGUUUAUCUUUCAAUGUAUGCACAUUGGGGCUUCAUGGAGUAUUAACCGUGUGGAUCAUUUUUGUAGUAUGUAUUUCUAUUGCUGAUAUUAUAUACCUGUUACAGUAUAAGUGGUCACUUUCUAGAUGAGGGGUGACUCUUUGGAUCCCAGCCUUCGGCUGCACCCUCUUCUGUCAGUAUAAGCGUUCUCUUUGUCAAACAGCUCUUGAAACUUGUGGCACUGGUCUCAGGUUUUUGGCAGCCGGUGGUGCGCUGGGAUGAAAAAGGCUAAAGCAACUUCUACUUUUGCUAGUCAAUGUGUUGGACAGAUGCAACUAGGUUGUACGCAGAGUAGACCCAUUAAAAUGAAAGGACUGAAGUUAGUCGCAGCCAUUGAUUUAAAAGCGUCUACUCUGAGUAAACCUUAGUUAGAGGCAGCCCAAUGUCAGAAACCUUAUGCAUUUGAGUUCUGCAUAAAGCAUAAGAGUGAAAAUUGUAACGCCAAAUAGAGUCAAUCAAAGCAGUGUUGGGUUAGAUAUUGUGAUAAGAGUGGAAGCAAUGGGUCGGGAUCUAAAGAAUCCCGGAACCUGUUUUUGAGUUUGAGGGCGGUUUUAGGCGUGACUUUUCUUGAGCAGCCACUGCAUAUGCCACACAUGUUUCAGAAGCAUUUCAGGGACCUCUGUUUAGUUGGGGGAGCAAUUCAGAAUUCUCACCACACUUAGUGCAGGCUCUUGCUUGUGGGAUUUAGUCAAGAACUGCAGAGAGCAGGGAUGGAAAAUCUUAGCCCCAUGGACUGGAUGCAGCUCAUAACCAGAGUUCAUCCAGCCCGUGGGGCCCCUCUUGACCAUCAGCUGCUCUGUAGGGUGAGAAAAGGCCUUUGAUGUUGUGCAAAGUCUGCAAUUCCAGCUCCUUCCUCUGCAAAUAGAUCUGCUGGAAUGUGGCCCCCAACAGCUAAUGCGGCCCUCAGCCCCCCCAAAAAAUAUUAUCCACCCCUGACUUAGGGAAAGGGGCUCUCCAGCCUCUGGUGCUACCGAUCUUUAAAGUAAAGAAUAGACUUGGUAGGUUCACAACUGUGUAGAUUCAGCGACCCAUGUGUCAUACCGGUAGCUAGUGAACAGCUUCCUGCAUGCUACUUACAGGAUGUGGCUCCUGUGCCUGCACCCAAUGAGCAUGUGGCUCAUCAGACAGUCCCAAGCAGAUUAGUGCAUGCAGUUCUAGAAUCUUGCACUGAGAAUUCCUUGGCGCCCUGUUUUCAUACGGCUUUCAUAUACAGAUUUUUGGCAGAUUACUCUUCUGGUAAUGGCCUGUGUUGCAUAAAUCACUUUUUUUACACAACUUUUUAAAUACUGAAUUCAGAUUUCUAAAAAAUAAUAAGUAGCUUUGGUUCAGUUUUGAAAUGUACAGGAACCUCUUGAUUAAAAAAAAUGAGCGAGCAGGUUUGGCUGCUAGAAACGCAAGUGUGCUUUUCAGUAAUGAACUGCAAGUGUUGACAGAAUGGCCAGCAACAGCAAAAAGCAGCUGGGUGCGCUGUGGGUUUUUUAAAUGUUUAUUUGAUGAAUUUACUCCAAAGAACACAUUGAUUUAAAUGUUUUUUGUGUGCGUUUUUUUUUUUUAAAGAAUUGCAGAAGAAUAUGCCAGUGGAAAUACUACAUUUUUCCAAUCAUUGCCCAGUGCAGACAUACCAAUCAUGAUCAACACAUAGUUUGGCCUGUUGCCUUAAUCCUGGUUAGGAUUUCAAGCAUACCAAACACACAGUGAAGCUACAUCUUAGCUUGCCAAGCUAAGUCCCGCCCCAAAUAAUAAGGUACAGAAGACUUGCCUUUCACCUUGCAAGCAGGUAGUGCAUUGCCUAUGGUGCUUUGCGGAUGUAGAACUUUCACCAUGGUUAACGCAAACUGUUUUUGCACCUUAGUUUGUAGCCGAUCCUUAACCAUGAUUUAGGUCAGCCUUCCCCAAACUGGUGUCCUUUCAGAUGUUAUUGUACUAUGACUUUAUUAUCUCUGACCAUUGUCUCCUGGCUGGGGGCGAUGGGAUUUGGAGUCGAUAACAACACCCAAAGGGCAUCAAGUUGGUUAAGUAUGAUUUAAGUGUUCAGACAGUUAAGGAAAACACAACCAUGUUAAGUGUUAUGUUUGCUGCACAGUACCUGCAGAUCACAGAAAACGGAUCUCUUAUUCAUUCAUUUUGGUGGUAAUCUUCCAAAUGAAUUGUGCCAGCAAUAAAUAGAAAACCACCGAAGGGAACAAUCCUGUUUGAGCUGAUAUAUUAUUAAUCUGGAUCUGCUAAUGGGAGAAUUUAUAACAAUAAUUUCUCAGCGUAAUGAGCUGAGAUAUGAACAAGCCUUUUAUGCUGCCUCUUCAUUCCUUGCUUUGUGAUAGGAACAAACCAAACGAGAAGCCUUCAAUUAAUUAUAGUUUCCUGUUUUGUAUGAACAGAGAAACCAUGGUUAACAGCUUCAGAACAAGGCACUAUUUUCAACCAAAUUUAAGCAGUGGUUUAAUACCUGGCCUGUUGGGUUAUCCGUACUUUUCCAAUUAGGACAAAAUGGGAAACUAUACUUAAUGGAAAGCUUCCUGAUUUCCUUGCUAGCUAAUGCGAAGGGGCUUUGUAACACUUGUUCACAGCUUGCCUUUAAACCAAGGUAAUGAUUGUCCCAACAUAGUCAAUAUCUGCGCUUGAAUAUGCACUGAGUUAGAAUAAACAUGCAGCUGCUUAAGCUCACAUCUGCUGCAUGAAUUCACGCACUGUCGACUGUCGGUAGUUUAACUAGAAGGAAGUUGGACCAUUGCAUGGCUUAUUAUGGUGUCAAAAGCCCAUAAACUCCAGCUACUUGGGAAUCUUGCCGUGCCCUGGUCUUUCAGAGCCAGAUACAUCGAGUGGUCUUCUUACAUCACAUUUUCCGCCUAUUUUCAAACAGUGACAUAACUUUCCAGAAUGCAGCAAUGUCUUUAGAGUGGAACUUGAGCAGCGAUCUGUAAUUUGUCCUCCCAAAGGAGAGAAAGUGUGUGUGUGUGUGUGUGUGUGUGGUCAGAAGGGAGGGGGCUUUAAAGGAACAAGGGGUAUGUACUGCUGCUGCGAUGCCGUAAGAGAGAGAGAGGUUGUCUUGGGGGACCAAGCAACAGUCCUACCUUUUAUAUAAAUACCUUUUAUGUCUAGUUCUGCUGCACCUAUUCAGUAAUUGUGAUUUUAUUUUUGUUGUUGUUAAUAGUGCACUUGGCAAAAUGAUAUGAACACGCUCUUCCCCGCCCCUUUAUUUGCUGGGUAGCUUUCCUAGGAUGUGUUCAGAAACCAACCCGAAAGCUCUCUUUGGCCAACGUCAGACAAUAGUGGGCACAAGCCAUAAGCAUCGCUGCUGCACAUCGUCCUGUCUUAUCUCUGUGGGAUAUGCAGCCCAAUUGUAUGCAUGUUUCUGUGGAAGUCCCACUCAGUUCAAUGGGGCUUAUUCCUAAUUCUGCUUGCGUUAGGACUACAGCUUCAGUGAGACUCCUAUACAAGCUCCAUUGAGAGGGAUGGGACUGGGAAGAUAUAUGCCAGCAACAUCUGUCUUUGCACUGGGAACAAUAUAUGUCAUUUUUGGUUUUGUGCUACCGGGUUGUAUCCAGUGUUAAUUCUUACAUAAAGCAGAACCAUUGAAGUUAAUGGGCAUUAAUUUGGGGCCUUUAAUUCUAAUGGGUCUGUUCCCAAAUUUAACUUGGUUGGAUACAUCCUUUAUAUUAUCAUGGUCCCUAGGACUAAAUACAUAGCAGAAGGGUACCGUUAUUUAAUCUUAAAUGGCCAGUUUUAAAUUUUUUUUUAAAAAAAAUAGUUUUUGGCCAUGAAACAUUCUCCUUCUAUUCCAUUCUUUUAAAAAUAACUUUCCCCUGCCUCCCCAAAGUGCAGGCUAUCCAGUGUGUAUUAUUCAAGCAAAAAACAACCCUUUUUCAUAGUGUGUGUUUUUUUUACACUUACAGUAAAAUAUUGAUGUUGUAAUUACUUCUUUUUUGUGUGACCCUGUGAGGUCACCUUACAGUUGACUUUUCUUAGUGGUAUGUUAGGAUAGGGCAAUAGAUGGUCAUGCAACAAGAGGAACUGCUUUGUAAAAGAGACAGCCAUGGAACUGUGAAGGAAAAAAAGGGCUUUCUCAACAGCAACUUCAAAAAUAAAGUCAAUAGGGAGCAUCAUGUUAAUUGGCCAAGUACCGUCAAAUGAUUUGUUUUUACUGAAAUUCAUAAUCAGUUGCGAGGUGUGUGUGUGUGUAUAAAACUGUCCACGUGCAAUGUAAUUUAACACUGGUGAGAGGGUAGAAGUCCAUCUUUGUGGUGCAAUAUUUUCAAAAGACCAACUUUCGUAUGUGUUCUGACAUUUUAUGUGUUUCAGUACAAGCUUUUGAGAUACUUUCUUUUGUCAAUUGAUUUUACCAUUGUAUAGCUUAUGACAUGGAUGACCACCUUCUCUUACAAACAAGAUGUGCCUACUUCUAUUGCGGAUUUCUUUUUUCUUUUUCGGCAAUACUGAAUGAAACAAAAAUGCUUGUGAUAGCUGUAUAUGACUUGUUACUUUUAAUAAACAUUAAAUUGUAUGCAAGUAAA